AUGGGGGUUGUAAAAUUUGACGACACCCCUAGUACAGAGAACCCGUUGCCAAACCAUGGUGAUCAAGGGGUAAACGCAAUUGGGGACAUUGGUAUGGGAAGGAUUAAAGAGAAUGUGGCUGAGGUCAGAACACCAAUGAAAAUAGUCUGGGAAGAAAUAGUGAAAAGAGAAAUGAUAAUCUCUAAAGAAGGGAAUAGAGGAGUUAAGGACUAUUGCGAAUUCCAUGUAGAAGAGGGACACGAGAUCCAGGAAUAUGAUGAGUUUAAGGCUUUGGUACAAAGCCUUAUGGAUAAUAAGGAGCUGGAAUUUUAUGAAGCUGGCUCAGAUGAGGGACAUAUAUGCACAUUAGAAGGCGGACCAAAGAAUCAAGGAAUCAGCCGGCCAAGGAUCAUUAUUUCUCUACCAAGAAAUAAUGAAGUUGAAACACAAAGAGCACCGAAAGUCAUUAUUCACAAACCCGUUUCCUUUCCUUAUAAGGAUAAGAAGAGGGUACCCUGGAAUUAUAAUUGCAAUGUGACAAUGCCGGAGAAAGAGGAUAUAGCUAAAGGUGUCAGAGUUGAGCCCGCGAAAGCAAAAGCCUUUGACAAAGAAAAAGGGGCUGAAGUACUGGUUAAUGAACCAGUGAAGGAAGAAGAAGCCAAAGAGUUUCUAAAAUUCUUAAAACACAGUGAGUACAGCAUGGUUGAACAAUUGCGCAAACAACCAGCUCGCAUAUCAGUAUUGGCUUUGCUCCUGAGGUCAGAGGUACAUAGGGAAGCAUUGAUGAAGGUGUUCAAUAAGUCUUACGUUACUAAUGAUAUAUCUGUCAAUAAGUUGGAUCGAUUGGUUAGUAACAUAAGUGCUGACAAUUUCAUUUAUUUCAAUGAUGAUGAAAUUCCACCUGAUGGCAUGGGAUCAGCUAAAGCUUUACACAUCACCACUUGCUGUAAGGGGUAUACAUUGCCGAGUAUGCUUAUCGAUAAUGGAUCAGCCUUAAAUGUCUUGCCAUUAUCCAUAUUGAAUAGAUUUCCCAUAGACAGUUCUCACAUGAAAACAUGCCAUAAUGUAGUGAGAGCAUUUGAUGGCACUGAAAGAAAGGUCAUGGGAAGAAUUGAUAUCCCUUUGAUGAUUGGGCCAAACACAUAUGAGGUAGACUUUUUAGUGAUGGACAUCAAACCCUCUUAUAAUUGCUUGUUGGAGAGGCCUUGGAUACAUUUCGCAGGAGCGGCGCCCUCGUCUUUGCACCAAAAAUUGAAGUUAGUAGCGGAUGGACGACUGGUCACCAUAAAUGCGGAGGAAGAUAUUAUAGCAACAGUUACUAGUGACGCACCUUAUGUAGAAGCAAACGAGGAGGCCAUUAAGUGCUCUUUUUGUUCCUUAGAAUUCGUUAAUGGAACAUUUAUUUCAGAAGGGAAUGAGGUGCCGGUGCCUAGGAUAUCCAAAACUACAAGAAUAGGUUUGCAGAUGACAGUGAGAAAAGGAGCUUUGCCAGGAAAAGGAUUGGGAAGAUAUCUCCAAGGAAGGAUUCAAGUUCCAGAACUAAAGGAGAAGAGAGACCGUUUUGGCUUGGGUUUCAGGCUAGAUCAUAAGCAGAGGAAGAAGGAAAUAAAGAAGCGUCAAGAAAGAAGAAGGGCGCGUCUAAGUGGAAGAGAAGUAGAGUGGGAACUAAUGAUAUUCCCUCAUAUAUCCAAAACCUUUAUAUCAGGAGGGAUAAUUCACCCUGAGAGAGGGUUGCACGAAAAAGGAAAUUAUCACAUCAAUGCUGUACAUAAUGAAGAGUCUGAACGAAGAAACCUUGAGGGUAUUCGUCCUUACGAAUCAGAAAACUCUUUAAAUAAUUGGGUUGCAGAGGAACUUCCUGUAAUUUUUAAAGAUUUUUCAGAGUAA